AUGAAAACCGCCAUUGCGGAGGGUCUUAGCGCAAAGGAUAAUCAUGAGGUCAAACUAAAUGGAACUAUGAAACUCGAAUAUGCUGAUGCGAAUACUCAUUCGAUUUUGGAGAACCUUCAUGUGAAAACAAGAGAUUUAACUUCCGAUAUUAAUACAUAUCAUGAAUCGAUGGACAGUGACAGAAGCCUGAUGCAGUGGCUUUUGUUACAAAUCGACUCGAAUAAAUCUGCUGGAGUCAAUAAACCUACCGUCAGUCAGAAGCGGAUCCUCUCGAAAGAGUCACUUUCAAACCAGUUUCUUGGACAGUUAUUGCAAAAUAUCGAUGACAAAGUUGUCAAGGGAAAGAUGGAACGGCAAGAUUUGUGGAAUAAUUCUCCCAGACUAGAGCGAACGAAGAAGGUGGAUGAACAUCACUUUCCACGGUUAGCACGUUCUCAUGAAAGGUUAAACGAUAUCAAACCACUGGUCAAUGGAAGAGGAGUACCAAAAGGAUCCAUCGAAUGGAUUUCGUGUUUACUCGAUGAUAUGGAAGAAAAAACGGUGCAUAUGCGCAAUCAAAACGAACAAAUUGUUACAGAAUUAAGGAAAAUAAAUGCUAUAAUUGAGUCGCUUAGGGAGUCAUCAGACGACCAAAAUGAAGAAUGGCAUUUGUACACAAAUGAUUACAAUGAACCAAAGAGAGGCAUAGUCAAACUCAAAGAAAAUGCCAGUCUUGGAACGAUGACAGCUUGUUCCAGCCUAUAUGAUAGUCCAAUCCACUUGACGAAUCCUGACAGCGAUGGAAGUACAAACUUUCCCAUGUGGAGAUCACAUGAAAGCUCAAAUGUCAGGUGUCAAAGUGAAAUGCCAACAAAUGGAUCUAAUGAAUUCCCCGGUAUUCCGCCUCCUUCAAAUGGUCGACUAAAUGUUUCGCCGAGCCCUCGCACAUUUAGUAAGGACGGUAGGAUCAGCGAGAUCAAGAAUGAUGCAUAUCUGUACACAAAAUGGGAGCAAACGUCGUCACGAACACGGACACAAUCCCGCACUUCCACUCAUCGUUACAAAGAACGUUCCAUGGAUCCAUUGGACUCCCCUGGUCAAAAAAACAAAGAAUCAAAAUCUAUGUGGUUUGCACGCGCUCUCAGUCAAAUUUCGCUAGCCGAGCCCAUACUGAGGUUCAAAAAAGAAAAGUCUUCUACGCAAGCUAGCUAUAACGAUUUACCCAUCGGGAGCCAGACUACACUCAAUUCCCAAGCACAAAGUCCCAAAGGAUUUGCAUCUGCGGUUUUUAGAACCUUUCGUCGAAAAGCCAGCUCACCAGCUCCUAACCCUAUGCUAAUCAGCUCACCCAUCUCAAUCCACCGUAUAUCGGAACCACGAUGCAUGAGCUUGGGGCAUCUGAGAGGGAAAAGUAAUCUACAAGCGAUCAAGCGGGAUGCCCCAAGUGAAGACCCGUUCCGAAUUUUUGGGGACAGCCCCAUAGAGAUUUCACAUGAAAACAACUCGCCGAAUGCAGCUUUUGAGUUUGCAAGAGAAGAACGUUCGUUGCCACAUCCGCAAGAAAAGCUACCAAUUCACCGAAGAUCCCCAAUCCGCAAAGAAAUACCUCCCAAUUCCCCACUGUACUUUAAUGGCUAUACUUUGACAAAACCACCCCUCAAGCAAUACUAA